AUGCCCGUCGGCAUCGAGUUUGGGAUCGAUAACCCCCUCCUUUCCGCUGUCUCGGGAUUGCUUUUUGAUCCUUCGUGCUAUCUCUUCCCGGUAUUUUUUGGUCAGAGAUUCAAGAAUCCGAUACCUUUUUAUUUUUAUUUUGUUUUACCCACAAUGGCUGCAACAACCACCGUGACGGUACCCCAUAUGGGCGGUAUCAAAGUCGGGUAUCGGCUUUCGUCUCCGUCAGGCUCCAUCGACAAGACCAAGCCCACGGUCGUCCUCAUCAACUCGAUGUGCACGACUGUUUCGCUGUUUGAUGACCAGUUCUCCAAUGAAGAGCUGACUUCGGCCGUGAACCUUUUGGCUAUUGAGCCUCUGGGUCAUGGCUCGACUUUUGCUCUCAAGAGGGAAAACUUCACCUACUGGGACACCGCGGAGAUGGCGCUUCAGGUUAUGGACGCGUUGGGAGUUGAGAAGGCUUUUGCUUUGGGAACCAGCCAGGGCGGAUGGAUGGUUGUACGCAUGGCUUUGCUUGCUCCUGAGCGGAUUCUUGGCCUACUUCCUCUCGGUACAUCAAUGGACUCGGAGUCUGCCUACUCGCGUACUCAAGGGAGCUGGGACCCAGCUGCUGUUCUCACUCCUUUCUUGGAAAAGUGGUCGGUUUCCGAGUCAACCCCUGACUUUGUUGUUGACCAGCAAUGGAGGGGCAUGGUCACUGGCCUGGGAUUCGGUGCUGCCCCAAAGCCAGAGCUGUUGGCUUUCUGGGAUGAGACGCUGAAGCAGGUCUAUGUUGGAGAUGAGGGCAGAAAGAAGGUCAGGAUGGCCCUGACCAAUUUGCUGGAGCGUGACGGUCUCUUGUUGAGAUUGCGACACAUCAGGUGCCCUGUUUACUGGUUGCAGGGAGAGCAAGAUCCAGUUUUUGGAGUAAAAUUGCCGGCUGAGCACAUUAAGUUGUUCACCAGCUCCCCCGAGGCUACCUUGACGCUUGUUCCAGGUGGAGGACACUUCUUGAAUGCCACCAGUCCUCGUGAGGUUCAAGAGGCGCUCUUGAGAAUGGUGAGCAAGUAUUCUGCUUAA